GUCAGUGCGAGCUGACAACAGGAGGAGAAGGCAGGGCAGGGACGCGGCUGCCCAGGGACCCCAGGGAUCCAGAGGAGACAGCAGCGUUCCUCAACGCAGCGACGGGAGAAGGCGGACAGGAGCAGGGCUCACGCAGGGCUGGACAGGGAGUAGUGCCCUCGUGGCUCUGGGCCUGUGUGCCAUCUCCCCACACCCUUCUUUCUCCACCAGAGAGAGGACAAGCGCCUGAAGGAGACUGUGGCCUUCCUGCACAGGGCCUCACUGCUGACCAGAACCAUGUGUGACAGGAAGCAGGAGGGCCCUGAUGCCAGGGAGCCAGCAUGCAUGCUGUGUCACCGCACUGAGGCUGACCCGGACACCUGCGGUGACAAACUGGAGAAGUUUGGGCUCUGUGCCCACGUGUUCUGCCUGUAUUUUGCCACACUACUUCCCAGACAAGAAAAUGAACGUGUUGGACUCAUGGGCUUUCUCCCACGAGAUAUCCACCUUGCAGUCAGGCGGGCGGCACAGAAGCACUGCUGUGUCUGCGGCCAGAGCGGGGCCACCAUCCUGUGCUGCGAGGAAAACUGCGGCAGAUGGUUCCACCUGCCCUGUGCCAAGGAGGGCGGCUGUGUCACGCAGUAUCUUCCAAAUUACAGCUCCUACUGCUCUGAGCACUGUCCAGAGCUGGACAUGCAGGUGACUCCAGAGCCAGGCACCGAAUGCCCCAUCUGCCUGGAGCCUGUGGAGGACAGAAUGUCCUACAGAACCAUGGUGUGCCCAGCGUGCAAAAGGGCCUGGUUCCACAGGGACUGCAUCCAGGGACAGGCCAUACGCGCUGGUCUUUUAUUUUUCAAGUGCCCGCUGUGCAGGAAUGUUAGAGAAUUUCUAGCACGAAUGUUCAUCGUGGGGAUCCGAGUCCCCUUCAGACUCCCAACAUGGGAGGAAGAUGACACCUUUGCAGAUUUAGAGGAAAGGCACAGCCAGUGCAAUGCCAGGGAAUGCCUUUACCCAGGAGGCAGGGAACAGGCAGAGGAACAUGGGCCCUGGGAACUGCUCCUAUGCUCCUCCUGUGCUGCUGAGGGCACCCACAGGCGCUGCUCUGGCCUGAGAAACUGCAUAGAAAGCUGGGAGUGUGACACCUGUGCUGGUCUUGGCACAGCCUCCAGGGAUGGGCCGGAGCUCCAUGGCCCCAGCCUGACCAGCCAGUCGGGACUGGAGCCUCCUCAUGGCUCCCCAGAAUCAGAGGCCAUCAGCCCCAGCUCCCACAGCCUGCUGCCAUCGGGUCUGGCUCCCCAGUCUCCAGAGACCAGCAGGCGCAGCAGCCACCGACAUGCAGCAGUGCAGACGUCACUGCCACCUUCCUCGCUGGACACCAGCAGCUCAAGCACAUCAGGGUCAACAUACAGCAGCUCCACAGACCCUGAGAACAGGGUCCAUUGCAGAUGUGCAGGGCCUGAGCGCAGGCGAAACGGCUCUCGCCAGCAAGGUCGGACCCCAAAUCAACCCAUCCAGUCAAGGAGUCACCGUGACAGGAGCAGGAGGGCAAAACCAAGGGCUGAGAGGCGCAGGCAAAGGGAGACGCCAUCACGGGAAUUCCCCAGACGCAGCUGCUCCCGCCUGCAGCGUCGGGCCACGAGUCCAGCUGAUCAGACAAGGAAUCUUCGUGACAGGAGCCACAGGAGAACUUCAGGGACUGAGGGGCCCAGGCGAAGGGAGACAUGGUCAGAGACAUUCCCCAGACGCAGCCGCUCCCGCCUGCAGCAUCAGGCCCAGAGUCCAGCUGUCCGGUCAAGGAGUCACCGUGACAGGAGCCACAGGAGAACUUCAAGAGCCGAAAGGCCCAGACGAACAGAGACACCAUCAGGGCCGUCCCCCAGACGCAGCCGCUCCCGCCUGCAGCGUCAGGCCCAGAGUCCCGCUGUUCAGACAAGGAGUCGGCGUGGCAGGGACACCAGGACAGCAUCACGGGCUGACAGGCCCAGACGAACAGAGACACCAUCAGGGCCGUCCCCCAGACGCAGCCGCUCCCGCCUGCAGCGUCGGGCCUCGAAUCGACCUGUCCGGUGCAGGAGUUGCCAGGACAGGAGCAGCAGCACAGCAGCAAGGGCUGACAGACCCAGGCGCAGGGGGACACCGUCAGGGACGUCGCGCAGGAGCAGCCGCGCCCGCCAGCGACAUCGGCCCUCAACUUGGACCUGAAACAGCAGCACUUAGUGCCAUCUUUCCUUUCUAGUCUGUCUGGUUGCUGUUGUUAGUGAAGUAAAGCCAAAAGAAGACGGAAGAGAAUGAGAGACUGCCUCAAGUGUCUGAAGAAAUCAAUGAUGAUUUUGUGUUGAUUUAAAAGACUUGCUUGGACCUUCAAGGAACAAACAAUGAAAAGACUGUGGAAAUACCCUGGGACAAAGAGUGUGCACAGGACUCUGCCCCAGAUGACUGUUCACGACCUUUGCCUGAGAACAACAUAGCUCAGGAGUCAAAUGCUUCCAUGUUUUCCUUCUUUGGAGAAACAGAGGAGUUGGGUGUCAAAGAAGAGUCUUCUGUACUUGGAACAAUAAAUCUGGGAAAAGUCACAUGGCAAGAGGAUUCACAUUUCCAAGACAGCAGUUCUGAGGGUGAUGAUGAGCCUGAGACGUCAGAAAUUGAAAAGGACCAAGAAAUGCAAGUUCCAUUUGUAUUUGUCGUCUGCUUGCCUGUAGUAGUUGGAUGCUGUGGGAAUACUGACAGCAGCACUCAGGGAAUGGGCAAGUGACACUGCACACCUCUGAGCAAUGAAAGUCAUCUUGGAAAACCAUUCAUGCUGCACAGGGUCAAACCUCCCAGCAGCCCAUGUGGUGUGUAGUUGAAUAGGAAAAGAGAGAAGUUGAGAACAGGAAAUUAACUGGGUCCUUUUGGUUUGAGCAACCCCAAAGUGAGUUUGGCCAAAAGGCAAAGACACAGUCAGUUUUCUUUUAUAAAGGGUGGUUUUUUGAAUAGAAGGCUCUAUUUGGUUCCUAUGGGAUAAAGAUUUUCAAUGUAUAUCAUUUCUCUGAAGCCCUACAGCUUUAACUCAAGUUCAUGGAAUUUGACAGUACCUUUUAGGAUGCUAAAAUCCCUUUGGACUUGUCUAGAUUUCUUUCGCUACCACACACAGAAAAUCUGAGAUUUUUCUUCUUCUCCAAAGAUGAUGAGCGCCUAAGAGGUAGGACACAACUUCUUACUGUUGUUUGUAUAUCUUUUGCUUUUAAAAUCUUACUGGAAUUCUGUGAGGAGGAAAAAAUGCUGCCUGGUUAAGAAUGUUUUGGAGUCCAAAUUUGCCAUCCUUCCUUGUGGUGGAAUACUGUGAGAAAGUCCUGGUAAAAGAAAGGCUGAGCAGCUUUCUGGCUUUCUUUUCUUUCAGGAAAUUGCCUAAUAGAUAUCGGGACUUGUAGAGCUUACCAAAAAAAUAGUCACUUGAUAGGUUACUU